ACACACUGCUAAUGUCGUUUUCUUGUCUAUCUUCUCUCUCUAUGUAACUAAACCCAAGAUUUCUCCCACAGAACAACACCCUUUUACCUCCUUCAAUCAUUCUUCCCUUUCCCACAUCGAUCUUUGUGCAGAUCUAUCCUAAUUAUAUGCACAUCAUUUCACACUAAUACCAUCAUUAUUAAGUAACUACCUUGAGCUCAUUUUGUGAAAUUACUUUGUGAUCACUAAUUAUUGGGGAUCUGAUGAAAUUGAGCUGGUUUAAUGAUAGAGAGUGUUGAAAGAAGUGAUUUUGUUGGCUUCUGGGGUGUAAAGAUUUGAUCUUUAGGGUUCUUGUGUGCUAUUCAAGUGAAAAGAUUUGAUUUUUAGGGGUUUUGUUGGAUAUUGAAGUGGAAAGAUUUGAUCUUUAGGGUUCUUGCUGGCUCCUGAAGUGUAGAAUUCUGAUAUUAGGGUUGUUUAAGGGGUUUGUAUGGCUGCUGAAGUGUAAAGGUUUGAUCUUUAGGGGGUUUUGAGGGUUCUUGAAUGGCUACUUUGCAGAAGCUGCCGUAUGUCAGCUCUUGCUCGACUGCGAGUAGUUAUGGUGUUCAUUCGGAUAAAGGAGAUAUGUUUCCGGCUGGUUUACGGGUUCUUGUUGUUGAUGAUGACUUCACUUGUUUGAGGAUUGUGGAGCAAAUGCUUAGGAGAUGCAGUUAUUUAGCUACUACGUGCUCCCAGGCCACUGCUGCGUUAAACCUGCUACGGGAGAAAAAAGGUUGUUUUGAUUUGGUACUGAGUGAUGUACAUAUGCCUGAUAUGGACGGCUUCAAGCUCCUCGAACUUGUUGGUUUGGAAAUGGACCUUCCUGUCAUUAUGAUGUCAGCAGAUGGAAGAACUAGUGCUGUUAUGAGGGGAAUUAAACAUGGGGCUUGUGAUUACUUAAUCAAGCCUAUACGUGAGGAAGAGUUAAAAAACAUAUGGCAACAUGUUGUUCGGAAAAAGUGGAAUGAAACUAAAGAACAAGAGAAUUCAAGCAGUUUGGAUGAAAGUGAUCGGCACCGCAGAGGAACCGAUGAUGUGGAAUAUGCUUCUUCUGCUAAUGAGGGAUCAGAAGGAAUAUUAAAAGCUCAAAAAAAGAGGAGAGAUGUUAAAGAAGAAGAUGAUGGUGAAUUCGAUAAUGAUGACCCUUCUGCAUCAAAGAAGCCACGUGUAGUCUGGUCGGUGGAGCUCCAUCAGCAAUUUGUUAGUGCAGUAAACCAACUUGGAAUAGAGAAGGCUGUUCCGAAAAGAAUUCUCGAAUUGAUGAAUGUCCCAGGCCUGACUCGAGAAAAUGUUGCAAGCCACUUGCAGAAAUUCAGACUAUAUUUGAAGAGGUUAAGUGGUGUUUCACAACAGCAAAUUGGGCUUCCUAAUUCUUUUUGUGGUCAUAUAGAGCAGAAUCCGAAACUAGGCCCACUGGAAAGAUUUGAUUUCCAAGCUUUGGCUGCAUCUGGUCAAAUUCCUCCACAGACAUUGGUAGCUCUGCAUGCUGAGCUUUUAGGUCAACCCGCUGGAAAUGUUGUAUUACCAGCAAUUCAUCAGCAGUUUCUAUUACAAGGAUCUCGACAGGGACAGGAGAGUGUCCGUGGUGAUGUAGGUGUGGCAUAUGGGCAGCCUCUGAUAAAGUGCCCAUCAAACAUCUCCAAGCAAUUUACCCAAGAAUCGCCGGAAGAUGUCAAUUCAAAUUUCAAGACAUGGUCAUCUAAUAGCCUUGGUUCCAUCGGUCCUAGCAGUAACCUUACAGGGCUAGCUUCACAGAACGGUAAUACGUUAAUGGGUGUUAUGCAAAAUCAGCAACAACUGCAAAGGAUGCUGCAAGAACAGCAGCAUAAACAAUCUGUUGUACAGGAAUCCACCCCUUCCAUCAAUGUGCAACCUUCUUGCCUUGUUGUCCCCGCUCAACCACCCAGUUUUCAGGUGGUAAAUAGGCCUUCAAUUAGUCAAAGCUGCAGCUUUCCUGGUGCUGAGGCUAUCUUUAGUAGCGCUGAUGUGACAACACCUCAGCCAAAUAAUUCCAUAUUUGCUGUUGGACAAAUGUUGGGUGUAAAUCAUAAAACUGCCAAGAUUCUUGAUGGAUACUCAGUUGCCGGUCCUGUCUCUCCGUCUGUGUCAUCUUGCUCAGGAAUUGCUGAAAAUAAUGCCUUGAGGAGAGUCCAAAAUUCAGCCCCGGAAUUUAAUGCUUCUAGACAGGUGCCAGUUCUUUUUCGUGAUAUGAAUGACUGCCAAGGUUCUUAUAGUGAGAAAUCUAGUCAUGUGCUUGAUCAUGGAACACUGAGGAAUAUUGGAUUUGUUGGCAAAGAAGCAUGCAUUCCUAGCCGUUUCGCAGUUGAUGAAGUGGAAGCACCUAUAAGCUGUAAUGGAAGUACAUAUAGGGAAAAUGGGAAAAAAGUGAAGCAGGAGCCAAAUUUAGAUUUCAUCGAAAGUGUUAAUAUGAGUAACCCUAUGAUGCAAUACUUCUCUCCGAAUGAUGUCAUGAGUGUUUUCUCCGAAUAGCCUGGCAUUGCAUAUCAGCACCAAAUGUUUAGGAUGAACUUUGCCAGUUCUUCGUAUCUCAUCAACUUGUGGAACCGAAGUCCAGUCCUGCAGAAGACUUGAAUUAAGAAUGCAGGUGAAAACUCUAGUGGUCUCCGUAGGUAAUACUUAGUUUGCUAGAUUCAGUGAAUAAGUUGUCAACGCAGCUUGUGUAAUUAUGUAGUUGCAGGCUGUUAACUCCAGGUGUUUGCCUAUCUAUCACUGUUGAAAUUGAGAAAUGCUUGUAAAUAUUAAAUACCGUCAAUGUUUAGCAUUUGCUUGUUUAAUAUCUA